AACAUUUUCACAUUACUCCACUUGAGCUGCACGUCCUGGAUUGUGCCCUGUUGAAACGGUUGUGCAUUUCCUUUAGAGCUUAGUAACAGCACCACAAAUGGUGGAAAACUUACUUAUGGAAAUCUUAACAUGUGAACUGAGAGUUAAACGACAUAAUAUUGCUGUACAUGUUUGAACCAUAACGGCAAGGCCACCAUUUACUUUUUCCUCACCCUUCCAUUGCUCCACAGAUGUUUCCAGAGUGCACCGCUGCAGUGGUACGUGUGUGCCCUGGCAGACAGUUAGAAAUGUAGCUCAGAACGCAGGGAAUUAAUGAUUAGGUGAGGUGCGCUAAGUUCAGAUUUCGCUUCGACAUUAGAGGAACUAUCAGUGCGGGUUUGCACAAUCUCAAAAGAUAAUUCGUCGUUUUUCUCCUUCUAAUGUUUUUUCCAAACAGCGAAACAAACAGUGGCUGUUACAAAAACUCUGGAGAACGAACAAAGGGAAGUUAUUUUAUGAAGUGUCUGAACAAAAAGCCUUUCUGCUGAGAAGCAGUCAGACUUCUUGCAAAGACUGCACGACGGUUGGAGGGUUUGUGGUGAAGACGCCAGCGCAGGGCACAGGCUAGCCAGCAGACAGAAGCAGCCUUUAGGAUACUGCCAACCUGCACUAGACACAGGCUUGCAGCAGAAGAUGGAACCAAUACCUGUAACUGGCGGAGGACAUUAUGUAGCAACAGCGUUGGUGUAAUUUAUUGAUUUGGUGCAACACAAUGAAAACUGGAUGGCAGUUUGUUUGCCAAAUUCCACAGCAACCCUUCCACUUUCAACAAAAAGGCGUUUGACCCUUUUGGUUGCACUAGCACUAAAUUGUGCUCAAAACAUGAGUUAGUGUGUUAUAAAGACUACUUACCUUUAAGGUGUAGGUGGCUUUUCUUCUUCUGAGGUACAGCCAUUAUCUCUUGAUGCAAAACUCUUAGCAAUAGCAAUAGCAUCCUAGGGCACCUCUUAUGCUACUUUUUUUGGCCAAGGGAGGCAAAGUUAGUUUGUGGUUUUUUUUUUUUUUUUUAAAUUAAGCAUUUCCCAUAGCAGUAUACACAACCCUAGUGUUGAAAUAGGGGGUUGGGAGCUCAGGCUCAUGGUUUCAAGUUUCAAAUCACUUUUUGCCUGAUUUUUUUUUUUUUUCUCAGAACUGCUUUACAUCAGUUUCUUCCACUAAAGUAUGUAGUUUGGUGGACUGGCCUUGUCCUUUCCUGUCCAUCUGCAGAGAUGUAUUCCAAAUGCUUAACUGAGUGACAGCAUGUGCAUAUGCAGAGGGAAUGCUGCCAGUACUAACAGUGACACGGCACUGGCUUCACAUGACUCGUCUGGGAGGGGACAGCCAGCUCCUGCUUGGAAACACACCCCGUUGCCUUUGACUAAACCCUCAUAAAGUUUCCACAGCAGCAGUGAAAGGUGAGGAGUUGCACUCUGGGCUCUGAACAGACACAAAGGACCUCUCCUAGGCUACCAUCAGCCAAAGAAUGGGCAGGCAGAGUUCAGGGGUGUAGCAGCUUGAAAAAGAGAUGACAGAAAUUUUGAGGAAAUAAUGAAAAGGCAAUGUCGUCUGUCUGUUUAAAGUACAGUUGUAAGCUUUUCUAGGAACUGUGGUUGCCUUCAGAUCUGGGCAGUGCUUGGCACAGUAGGACAUCCACCAAACACGACAUCUAGUCCUGUGUCUGUCCACACAGUGUGGCUGAUAUACCAGCGUAUUCCUCCUUUCUGAAACACUGCAAGAGGAGUACUCCCAAGAGGCUUGUUAGCACCAUAAAGAUGAAAGGAGACUCUGGAUAUUCCACCACAGCUGAGCAGCAGAAGCAGGAAGAGAAGCUCUGGGGUGCCAUGAAGAUCACUGCCUGUGUCCUUGGUACAGGCCUGCUCAUAUUCACUGCCUUAGUGAACUCUGUUUCUUGGUACGUGCAGAAUAUCUGGGACGCGUCAGGCCAUUUCUGGCAAUCAAUAUGGCUAAAGUUCUACUACCUGCUUGAGGGAAAGGAGUGGACGAUCUUCCUCCUUGGGACUGCAGUGUUCCCUACCCUUGCUUUCUGGUGCUUCAAUGGAAUCCUUCUGGUGGCCGAUGUAACAGGAAAGCCAACCUUCAUUACUCGCUAUCGCAUUCAGCUGGGCAAGAACAAUCCUGUGGACACAAAGAAAUUGCGCCACGUCAUCUACACAGUGCUGUGUAAUCAGUUCUUUGUCUCCUUGCCCAUGCUUGUGCCCGUGUUCUAUGUCAUGAAAUGGUGGGGCAACACCUUCAGCAAGGAAUUGCCCACCUUCCGCUGGUUUCUUAUGGAGCUAAGCAUCUUCACCUUAAUAGAGGAAAUUCUCUUUUAUUAUACACACAGGCUUGUUCACCUCCCGCUCCUGUAUAAGCACAUUCACAAGAAGCACCACGAAUGGACAGCCCCCAUCGGCGUGGUCUCCCUUUACGCUCACCCGAUAGAACACCUCGUCUCCAACUCACUGCCUGUCAUGGUUGGCCCGAUGGUCAUGGGGUCUCAUGUUGUUUCCAUCGCAGUCUGGUUCUUCCUUGUUUUCAUAACAACAAGCAUUUCACACUGUGGAUACCACCUGCCCUUCCUACCAUCGCCGGAGUUCCACGACUUCCACCACCUCAAGUUCAACCAGUGCUAUGGAGUCCUGGGAGUGCUGGAUUAUCUGCAUGGAACAGAUAAGAUGUUCAGACAAACCAAAGCCUACGAGAGACACAGGGUCCUACUCAGCCUCACACCGCUCUCGGAGAGCAUCCCCGAUGCACCCAAGAGGGCAGAGUGAACCCAGCAGCCUGUGGCUCCUGCAGAGCCCAGCAACGAGCAGAGUGAGAGACAGUGAUUUACGCCAAAGAGGAUUUUAAUUGGGAAAGAAACUAUUGUUCACAAGCAAUGAAACCUGAGCUGACCUUAAACACGCUACUUGAGAUGACUGUACUUUUGCUGCCUGUUAUUUUCUAAGGCACAAAAAAACCUGCUCUAGAAAACUAUUUUUAAAUGAAGUUUAGAGGGUUUUUUCCCUUAAUUACUUGCACUGUUCCUUGGUUGUAGCUGCCUGCGCGUAAGCCAGAUGUGUUCUGGGCCACAUGGCUUUGGGGAGUCCUCAUUAGCAUGGUUUUAAUGCUUCAGUUUUCACAGGCCAUGCUUUGGCCUCUUUCCAUAGAAACACCAGCAAGAUCUGUAACUACAUAUGACAGAAAUUAAACCCACCAUUUUUCUGAGACUCAGAACACUCAGGAUAUGGGACACAACCCCAUGGAAAGUCAAGCGAGACCACAGCUUAAAAACACUGCCUCCUGCACAAGCAACAGAGGCCCAACUCCCCUCGACAGUUUCUCUUCCUGCGAGAGGUCAGCAGAGGUGCGAAUGAGGGGCUGUCGCAUCCUCGUCUCCGCUCUGCAAACUCACAUCUGCAAACGCAAGGCGAGCUCCCCCCUCGUGGGCCAGGGAAGCUGAGCCGGGAGCCGAUGUGCUGCAUGGCAGAAGCCCCGGUACAUCACCACCUCCUGCUGAGCCUCCUCUCGCUCCCCACACGCCAAAAGGAGGCACAAACCAGAAUGACAAGCUCUGCAGAGUGAUGAACUAUGGAAAUGAGACUUCCCAGGGCAAGAAGAGUCCCUGCUGUCCCAAGCUGUGUGGAGAUCAGUGAAACCCUGCAAGAAAGAUCCCAACAAAAAGCACCCGUAGCUUCAUGCACAUCCGUAACCACCUACACAACCCAUCUCCAGACAGGCUGCAAAGUUUCUCCAGGAUCUUUUUAAGUCUCAAUCCUGGCUGGGGGUCUGGGACAAAAAUGGCAGCUGCCUCUCACCAUUGCUAGAGCCUGAGCAAACGUGCAGGGCCAACCUGCACUGCACCCGCCUGCGGCCGCCCAGCUCCACCCCUGGCAGCCGGCUCUCUUUCCCCCCCCUCCUCCAGUCCCCACAGGGAUGAGCCCACAGCCCCCAGCGGAGGGCAAGCCAGCAGAACAGAAAAGCCAGGCUGCAUUGUCUUUUGAAGUUUUUAUUUUUAUACAUUUUUUUUGUAUUAAAAAGGAAAAAGCAUAAUUACCACAAAUUACAAAGGACUAAAGCAUUACUAGAAUAAUGAAUCACAUCAGCCUAGAAAGCAGAUACUCUGAAUAAUAUUAAUGUUAUAAUACAAGCUCUCAUUCAAGUAUUUUACAUUUUUCUCUUUUCCUUUUAUAUGUGAUGAUGAUCCUAGCACGUGGGUCAAAGAUUAUGUACUAUCGACAGAAGAUGGAUCAUGUACAGCGGGCCAUAUUAACAAGAUUUUCCUCCCAGGUGAUACAUGGUCUGUGAUGAGUCAUUUUAAGUUUGUCUCUACGAUAAAUGCAGCUGAAGAAGGUUGCACACACUUUCUAGUUUUGGGAAACAGAAGGCUGAGGUUGGGACACACAGGGUUUGAGAAGGGCCAGCACAUCGAAGCAUCCCCCCCUUUUGCUCCAGGCGAGCGAGCAGAGGGCCGCCCUCGCCAGGGUGCAGCUCAGCGGGGAGUCCUGAGCCACAGAUCCAAAGGUUUCCAACCCCAACGGCACGGGGACAGGCUGGGAGAGGAGGAGGGGGAGCGGGGCCGCACCGGGGAGGCUCGAGGGGCCAAGUGGUGCCAAGCAGCCCCUCCUGCAGGGGGCACCACCAGCACGAGCCAGCCCCCGCAUGGGGCUGAGACCCCAGAGGGAGCCGCAGGGGGACAGCGUGGGGACCCCAGGGCUGACCCGGGCACGCUGCCGCUCACCGCAGGGGCUGGCUGGCACCCAGGGCGCUCCCCUGGAGCUUCCCACCGAAGGGAUGUGCUUGUCACAGAUACAUCGGUCCUAUGUUCAAGUGUCUGCAGAAAGUGAUACUGUAAACUACUCAUUGAAACGCUGCCCUCCAGCCACCCGCUCCGUGCCACCGAGAUGAACAUCCUCUUUAAAGAAUAAAAAAAAAAAA